UUGACUAUAAACUAAAAACUGCACUUGCUACGAAGUUGCCUAUACGCGUUUUGGAUGGCAAAUGAGAUGGGAUUCAAAUAUGUGAAAUGUCAUAUGGCGAACUCAGAGACCAGGUGAGAGGGCUGACCUUGCCAAGUGCGAAGUGAGCUCCUAUGGCGAACUUAGAGACGGGAACGAGCACUAGCAAUACAUCAGGAGGUGAGUACCAGGUCUUCUUGAGUUUUACAGGGCCUGAUACUUGUCGUACAUUCACCGAUAGCCUCCACCAAGCCUUGGUAGAUGCCGGGAUUAGUGUUUUCACCUAUGACGAAGGGCUUCGAUCAAGUGACAGAAUUAGUGGCAACCUUCUACAAGCGAUCGACAAUUCCAAGCUCUACAUACUCAUCUUCUCCAAAAAUUACGCUUCAAGUGACCGGUGCCUCAACGAGCUUGCGGAGAUGGUGGAGAAUGCCUCUAAAUAUAAAGAAGAUAGGAAAGAGCAGGUCAUACUACCCAUCUUCUACGACGUGAAACCCGCUGACGUGAAGUUGAAAACCUCGUUGUACAAAGAAGCCAUAUCGAAUUUCAACUCCAAGGAUAUAGAGAGAUGGCAGAAAGCUCUCAAAGAAGUUUGUGGCUACAAGGGAUGGGAGCUGGAGAAAUAUUCAUGCUAUGCGGAACUUAUCCAGGCGGUUGUUCAAGAGGUUAUGGCCAGGCUCGAGACAAGACAGAGACGUGUAACCAGAGAUUUAGUUGGAAUGGAGGAUCGAAUAGCAACCAUAAACAAUUUAUUAGACAUCGACUCUGAUGGUGUGCGGCUAAUUGGAAUCUACGGGAUGGGCGGCAGCGGUAAAACAACACUUGCCAAGAUUAUCUUCAACCAACUAUGUCCUCGCUUUGGGAAAAAUUGCAGCUUUCUUGACGACGUGAGGGAAACAGCAAACACCAAUCGUUUAGAGAAGUUGCAAAAAAAAUUAUUGUUCGAUGUCACUGGAAAGGAAACUUACAUUACAAACGUUGAUCAAGGGACCAAUAGGAUUGAAGAUACAAUUUGCAACAAGAAGGUGCUAAUUGUAUUGGAUGAUGUUGAUGAGGCCUACCAGAUCCAAAAACUAAUUGGAGAGAAAAUUUUCUAUCCUGGUACUAGAAUACUUGUUACCACUAGGGACAAGAGUGUUCUGAAUAUCGGGGGAUUUAAGUAUGAAUUCAAGGAUUAUGAAAUGAUGGGGUUAAGCAGCAAAGAUGCACUUAAACUUUUUAGUAGGCAUGCCUUCAACGAGGACUCUCCUCCAGAUGACUACUGCACUCUUUCAAAGGGCAUUGUCUAUACUACAAAUGGACUACCUUUAGCUCUUCAAGCAACAGGUUCAUCCCUCUUUUAUAAGAAAAACAAAGAAAUAUGGAAAGAGUGGCUAGAGAAGCUAAAGAAAACACCUCAUAAGGAUGUCUUGGCAAAGCUAAGGAUUAGCUAUGAUGCCUUAGAGGGGUAUGAAAAACAAAUAUUCCUCGAUAUUGCAUGCUUUUUCAUUGGUGAGAAUAAGACUAAUCCAAUGUACAUGUGGAAAGAUUGUAUGUUUUACCCAGUGGGUGCCAUCGAGGUCCUUAUUAACAGAUGCAUGAUAAAGGAGUUAGACGAUAAUAGCCUUUGGAUGCACGAUCAGUUUAGAGAUCUUGGAAGGAAAAUUGCCAAAGAUGAAGGAACCCGAUUGUGGGAUAAAGAUGACAUCAUUCACAAAUUAAAAUCAACAGAGACCAAGGGAAGCGUUGAAGCACUUCGUAUGAAACCAAGGGGUUCGUCGAAAGAUCCUAUAAUUGUCACUUCGGAGCAAAUUAAGCGAUUCCCGGAUAUAAGGUUUCUUUCGUUGUGUGAGGUAAACUGCCAAGGUGACUUUAUGGGCUGUCUUUCGAAGUUGAAAUGGAUCAGUUUGGAGAACAAAUAUUCUAUUCCUCCUGGACAUGCCGCUGGCCAUUGUCAACGGCUUGAGGCAACUAAUUCGUGGCAUCUAGAAAACGUGGUUGUGUUGAAUCUUUCUGGGGUUGAUAUCACAGAAGAUGUGUUCCAGAGCCUAAUCAAGGAGGCAAGGAAAUUGAAGGUUCUCACUCUUUGUUAUAAUACGCUGAUACAUGGGAAACCAACUUUUCCCCGGAACUCAAGUUUAGAGAAGUUGACGAUUUCCAAUUUUCUUUCCUUGAAGGAAAUUGAUCGCUCUAUUGGGAAACUGACGAAGCUAACUGACUUGAGUUUUGAGUUAUGUGUCGAAAUUGAAAAAUUGCCUGAACAAAUUGGAGAAUUACGGGAACUGCAGCACCUCUCUCUUAGGAGUUGUGAUAGCUUGAGGGAACUCCCCGACUCGGUUUUGAAAUUAACGUCGUUAAUGAAGCUGGAUGUAUGGGGCACGAGAAUUACAAGGUUACCAGAUUCCAUUGAUAGACUAUCAAGCCUGUCAUCUAUCAAUGCAUCAUUCACAUCGAUUGAAAAACUGCCCAGUACAAUGAGCAAGCUUCUUUGCCUCCAAACACUGCAUUUGAAUAAUUGCAAUCAGAUACAAGAGCUGCCGGAGCUCCCUAGAAGUUUGACCACUCUACAGUUGACAUCUACUUCGUUGGUGACUGUCCCUAACCUCUCAUACCUUACUAAUCUAGUUGAACUGGCCCUGUCCGAUGGCUCUGAAUCUGUUGCCAAAUCAGAUAUAAUUCAAACUUGCGACUUGCAGUGGAUUGGGAGUUUAUCCAGACUGAGCAAGCUGCAAUUUUGCUUUUCAAAUGUCUGCGUUUCGACUAUGGAGUUGGGUUCCCUUUCUCAGCUGAAAGAACUUAUUCUACAUGGACUAGACGUGCCAGCUUUCAAACAACUUCCAUCAUCAGAGUUGAUGGUUCUAGAGCUCUACGACACUCGAGGGAAACAAAUACGGCUUCCUCCAUCGGAAAAGGAGACUGCAACCGUUGCAUCAAGUUCGAGAAAAUCGGAAAAAAGCAAGGUGUUACGGCAAAUUGAAAUUAUUUUCACGGAAGGCCAUAAAUCAUCGGAUGGGUCAGUUCAUCUGCGGAAGGAGCCGGGGUGCAAUGAGCUACAAGCUCCCGAGUUGAUUGAUCAUUGGAGGGGAGACUUCCAUUUCCCAAGCUCCAUAAAUACGCUUCGAAAACUCGUUCUGUGGGGGUGCCCAGGGGUAGAAGAUAUUCAAUUUGUUCCUACGCCGUUGUUAAUAUUGUCUGUUGGAGGGUGCACUUCAUUAAAAAGAUUAGGCGGUUUGUCAAACUUGAAGUACCUGACGGAGUUGACUCUUAACCGGUGCUGGAACCUGCAGGUUGUCGAGGGCAUUGACGAGUUAAAGUUUUUGCAUCAGUUGACAAUUGAUCGGUGCGGAUCAGUGGAGAGGAUUCUUGAUCCAUCGAGCUCAAAAAUACCAGAUAAGUGCUCAAUAAGCAUAAAACGUAGUGGGAAGUUACCUGACUGUGGUCGAACUCACAACUCUUGGGGGUCUUACAAAAAGAUUCUGAAUGGAACUGAAAUUGAAACGGCGGACUCUGAAACAGAAACAAUGCAUACAGAAACAGAGGGUUUUUAUAUAACAGUGCAGGGGAACUUUAUAUUUAGAUUCGAUAAAUCUGAAACAGAAACAGGGGAUGCUCCGUUACACCUCUCUUCUAUUGUUACAGUACCGGACAUGAACUCUAUAUUUGAAAGAACGGACUCUGAAACAGAAUCAGAAUCAGAAUCAGAAACAGAAACAGAGGAAAGGGCAGAGUCGGUAAAACAAAAAGGACAAAGAAAGUUCGAUUAUUUUUCGUGAACAAUGGAUUGAAUUGGGAUUAGGGUUCUUUUUCACGUUUUCUUCUUCCUCUCUCCCGCUGCUCAAGCAAAUCACUGUCGCCCGAUCCUCAGUCGCUACUCGCUCCUCGCAAGCUUCAGUCCGUCGUUUGCCAUCAGUCGCCAUCGUCUCUUCUUUCCCAGGUUCCGUCGUCCGCAAGCUUCAAGUUCGUCGUCCGCAAAGCUUCAAGUCCUUCGCGAGCUUCAAGUUCCAUGUCCGUGAGCUUCAAGUCCUUCUCCAGUGCCACUUUUCACUCUGGUGCACAUUUUCUUCUUCAGUGCCGCUCAGCUGGAGGAAUUUGGUGCAUUCAUUAACUCCAUCGGUGGCGGGAGUCACGGGCCUGAACUCAAGCUCUGGAUCACUAGCUAAUUGCUAAAGAACAGGUAAGAGUGGUGUGGAGUUGGUGUUUAGUUGAAUGUAAUGGUGUACUUUAUCUUUGCGUGGUUAAGCAUGAGCUCGAGCUCUAGCUCCAGCUUCAUAUGGUAAUAGUUGUGUAAGGGUCUGCUUUCUUGCAAUUGUUUGACUAUUUGAGUGCCUAGUCUAGUUAUGUUGCUAUGCUUUUGUGGACUGCUCGAUUGAGUCUUAUCGGGUGCAUCUUCUCGUGAAGAGUUUAUCUGUAAGUAUAUUCUAAAGUCUGGAUAAUGGUCGCUUUAAUGAGUA